UCGGCGGUGCGGGAGGAGGCGGCGCGGAGCAGCGGCGGCGCCCGCGCGGGGAUGGCGGCUCCGGGAGCGCUGGAAGCGGCCGGCAGCGUGCCGGGCACCAAGGUGGAGCUCUCCGUGUCCUGCCGGAACCUGCUGGACAUGGACACCUUCUCCAAGUCCGACCCAGUGGUCAUCCUCUUCGUGCAGAGCACGGGGAGCAGCGAGUGGAAGGAGUUUGGGCGCACCGAAGUGAUCGACAACACCCUGAACCCCGACUUCGUCCGCAAGUUUGUCCUCGAUUACUACUUCGAGGAGAAGCAAAACCUCCGCUUUGACGUCUACAACGUGGACUCCAAGAGCUGCUCCAUCUACAAGCAGAAGGACUUCCUGGGGCAGGCGUUUGUGGCACUGGGAGAAGUGAUCGGGUCCCAGCGGGGCCGUCUGGAGAGAGCCCUCACGGGGGUCCCAGGGAAGCGGUGUGGGACCAUCCUGCUGCUGGCCGAGGAGCUGAGCAACUGCAGGGACAUCGUCACCAUGCAGUUCUGUGCCAACAAACUGGACAAGAAGGACUUCUUUGGCAAAUCCGACCCUUUCCUGGUCUUCUACCGCAGCAACGAAGACGGCACCUUCACCAUCUGCCACAAGACGGAGGUGGUGAAGAACACGCUGAACCCGGUGUGGCAGCCCUUCACCAUACCCGUGCGUGCCCUCUGCAACGGUGACUAUGACCGCACAGUGAAGAUUGAUGUGUACGACUGGGACAGGGAUGGGAGCCACGACUUCAUCGGGGAGUUUGCCACCAGCUACCGUGAGCUGUCCCGUGCACAGAGCCAGUUCACGGUGUAUGAGGUAGGGCAGGGGCCACAGUGGGGCAGCUUUGGGGGCGUGGGGAGCCCCACAGAGGGACCUGCCUGGUGCCCGCAGGUGCUGAACCCUAGGAAGAAGUGCAAGAAGAAGAAAUAUGUCAACUCUGGCACUGUGACUCUGCUCUCCUUCUCCGUUGAGUCCGAGUUCACCUUCGUUGACUACAUACGGGGCGGGACACAGCUGAAUUUCACCGUCGCCAUCGACUUCACGGCCUCCAACGGGCUGCCAUCGCAGCCCACCUCGCUGCACUACGCCAGCCCCUACCAGCUGAGCGCAUACGCCCUGGCACUCAAGGCCGUCGGGGAGAUCAUCCAGGACUACGACAGCGACAAGCUCUUCCCUGCCUACGGCUUCGGAGCCAAGCUGCCACCUGAUGGCAAGAUCUCCCACCAGUUCCCCUUGAACAACAACGUGGACAACCCCAGCUGUGCCGGCAUCGAGGGAGUGCUGGAGUCCUACCUGCAGAGCCUGCGCACCGUGCAGCUCUAUGGGCCCACCAACUUCGCCCCUGUCAUCAACCAGGUGGCCGGCACGGCCGCCCAGGUGACCGAUGGCUCUCAGUACCACGUCCUGCUCAUCAUCACUGACGGCGUCAUCUCCGACAUGAUGCAGACCAAGGAGGCCAUCGUCACCGCCUCUGCGCUGCCCAUGUCCAUCAUCAUCGUGGGAGUGGGGCCGGCUGAGUUCGAUGCCAUGGAGGAGCUGGAUGGGGAUGAGGUGCGGGUGUCAUCGCGGGGACGGUAUGCGGAGAGGGACAUCGUGCAGUUCGUUCCGUUCCGUGACUACAUGGACCGGGGGGGCAGCCAGGUGCUGAGCAUGGCCCGCCUGGCCAAGGACGUGCUGGCCGAGAUCCCCGACCAGCUGCUGUCCUACAUGCGGGGCCGCGGCAUCGAGCCCCGCCGGAACGCCGCGCACUGACGGCUCCGUCCGGUUCCGUUCGGUUCCGCUCGGUUCCGUUCGGUUCCGUUCGGUUCCGUUCGGCUCCGUUCGGUUCCGUUCGGUUCCGU